UGGUAACUGAUACACACCUACUGUUACUUCUUUCAAACAGAUCCAACUCAACCAACCCAACCAAGUGAUCAAAUGAGACAAUAAUCCACAAGUGUUUCAUCGACGACAACGACGACAGCUAACAACACAAACUGAAGACAUAGACAUCAAAGACCUCCCUCUAGAGCUCUCUCUCUCUCUCUCUCUCUCUCUCUCUCUCUCUCUCUCUCUCUCUCUCUCUCUAUCCACUGAAGAAGUGGUCGUAUAAUGAAUGGUCUCGAAAGGGAACCAUUGGUAACAUCUAAUAGACCACUGUUUGGAGAUGGAUCUCAUCAUAGGGAUCGGAUUAUCAAUAUAUCAUUAUUUUCGUUGUGCGGUAUUCUUCUGCUGAUAGCCAUCAUUACAUUGUUGACCAUUCAGUUCAGUGCCAUUAAUCUGAUAACAAUUGUAGUCAUCCUGUCGUUUGUUGCCUCACACGCACUGCUCAUCCAAUGGUAUCGAUUAGGCGAUUUAGACCCGAAAUUUCGUUACCUAUUACUCUGGAAUUCAAUCAACAUCUGUGUCCUCUGUAUUGUUGCCAUUGUCUACUAUCACCGAAACAGUAGUACUAAGUGA